AGCACAUUAAAAUCAAGAAGAAUGGAUUGUUAGGAAGUGCUUCCAUUCGCAGUUUAAACGGAUUUGCGCCGAGGGAGGCAAUUUUAAAAAAUUUGGCGUUGUAGCUAUGGCAGAUAGUAGCGUCGUCGAAGAGCGAGAUGAAUAUGAACAUUAUAACUAUGAAGAAGACAAGAUAGCGGGUUCAAAGGGUGGUAAAAACCGAACGAAAAGGGACGCUGAGGAGCAUCAUAAGAAGUCUGACAACAGGACGAAUCGUGUUCACCUAGAUCAUCAAGUUAAUAACGAAGAAAAACAGAGAGAACAGAAUCUCAAGCAUAGUUCUGAAGCCAAAAGUUAGAGAUGCUUGUGAAGGACGAAUACUUGAAAUAAAAAUUUUAUACUGAAUUUUCAAAACGAAGAGGCGGUUAUCCUCUGUUGUUUUCAAUAUUGUGAAACUGAGGUUUGCGUUAAGUCAUUUGGUUACGGUGUGUUAACGCGUCUCACGGGUUACUAAAUUAUCUCACAGCCGUUGGUGAGUAAACAUGAAGUCGCUAACUGAGUGUAGUUCCUCAUCUCCCAUGGUGCUUUGGGAACAUAUAUUUUGAUUGCAGUCUUUUUAUGCAUUUACAUUUCAGUGUUUUGCAUGCCACUUAAAGGCUGUACGACGUAAGCCUACGAAUUUUGGGCU